AUGCAACCAGAUCCUAAGUUUGAUGACAUCUUUAAUGCUGCUGAACAGCAAUUGCUUAAGAAAAAAGUGGCAGCACUAACAGAAGCAGAAAGAACACAGGUUUAUGAAGAUGGAUUAGAAUUGUCUAGAGCUCAGAAACAGGAACAGAAUCUAGAUGUGUUGCCAUGUUUAAAAAUAAAUGAAAUAACUCACACCAAAACUUCACCUCCACUGAAGCACACAGUAAGUGGAUCUAUACCUCUGCAGCUUUGUGAAGCUAACACCAAUGGCGUAACAUACUUCAAAGGUGUACUCGGAACCGAAAUAUUAAACGAAAAGCAGAGACAGUUACUGCCAUUUUUCAAUUAUGCCAUUGACAAGUUUGAUACUAAAUCUUAUGAUUUCAGGGAUUUUGAUAAGUAUGUUAGCAAGAGUACAUCUGGAUUGAGUUUUUUAACUCACGUCACAGAGCACAUUGACCAGCACGGUCAGUAUGAGCAGGGGGUUCUGGUGGGCAGUCACUGUCUUGAUGAAAAUUUGCCUAAAAUGCUUGAUAUCUGGUCCGAGAUAUUCAACAGGCCAAAUUUUUCAAACGAAGAAAGGAUGAACAUGCUUCUAAAUAACUACUGCUCAUCUUUAACUAGUGGAAUUAUAGAUAAUGGACACACUUAUGCUAUGCAAGCCGCCCGCUCUUUAAUCACCUCUGUUGAUGAAUGCAAAGAGAGUUUAAUGGGUCUGCAUCAUGUAAUUAAUAUGCAAAACAUACAAAAACAGUACAAUAUUAAUGAUAUACAAGCAAUUGUAGACGAUAUUGCCAAACACAUUUUCAAUGGGAACAAUCUGAGAGCUGCUUUCCAUUACAGUAAUACAAAUGACAUUCUGUUUAACUGUGUCGAAAAGUUUUGCACGGAAUUAUGCUCAACCGACGAAAACAAGGAAGCGAACCGAAUCAACUGGGUUGAAUCAAAACAAAUGCCAAAAGACAACAGAGGUAUUCACAUUUCUAUGAAUAUACCAGUCAACUUCUGCGCGAAAGUUAUACAAACCGUGCCCUACACUGAUCCAGAUUAUCCUAAAUUGCGUGUAUUGUCUAGAUUUGUAACGUCUAAGUACCUUCAUCCGAUUGUGAGGGAACAAAAUGGCGCAUAUGGAGGCGGUGCAAUGUUAACACUUGAUGGCGUUUUUAAUUACUAUUCAUACAGGGAUCCCAAUUCGCGUACAACCUUAGACGUGUUUGACGAAACCUCUAACUGGAUGGCCAAAAACACUAGGCUUAUUGAUGAACAAAAUCUUUUCGAAGCCAAACUCUCAAUACUGCAACAGAUGGACCAACCUAUAGCAGAGUACAUGAAAGGUGUUGAUUUAUUCCUCUAUGGGCUAUCAUUUGACAUCUGGCAGACGCAGAGGGAGAGAGUGUUGGCUGUAACAAAGGAGGAUUUGAUUGCAGUAUGCCAAAAAUAUCUGGCUCCAGAAAAAUGGGCAGGGAAAUGCGUGAUUGGUGAUGGUGCAUCACAAGAGUUACAGAAGAAUAAUGAGAUAUGGAAGAAAGUUAGUGGGCCCCAGCAA